AUGCCGCCAAGAAGGUCAUUAAGAGUAUCGGGCGCUUCUACCAUCUCGACAAGCUCUGCGCCCCCUCGGAGCUCAAGGAGCAGAAAAUCUGUUUCCACAGCGCCUCCCCCGGCCGUAGAUAGUGAUGAAGAGAACGAACAAUCGCCCGACGAAGAUGAUUAUGAGGAAGAGGACGAUGUGAAGCCUAAGCCUAGGCGUGGAGCUGGUAGCAAAGCGAGGUCUGCGCCUGUACCGAAGAAACGAGCAAGCAAAAUGCGGGUAUCAGAAGCGGAUUCCACUGUCGGUGCUAAAGAGGAUGUCGUACCAGAUGAGGAAGAGGAAGAAGAGGAUAUGAUAGAACACAUCGUUUCAAAACCCAAGAAAGCUACUUCGCAGGUGGAGAAGAAGAAGAAAGUGAUAGUGUCGGAUGACGAAGAUGAUGCCGAAGAAGAAUUACAGGAAGCUUUAGCAGGAAGGGAUAGGAGAGCUUCCAGCGCCAUUCCAGCUACGCCUUCCUCAUCAUUAAAUAUCCCUCUACCAGAUCAAGUUCGAAAUCCAAAUGUCACUCCCAUGGCUCCCUUGGCACAAAUACCUGAAUCGCCCACACCGAACGGUAAUGGUCCAUCAGGUGACGAUAGUGAUGCUGAUUCAGAUGGGACUGCCAAAAUCGACAAUUCACCUUCAAAACAACAAUCAUCCUCUUCACAGAUUCCGCCAGCUACACCUUUACCAAACAGACCAUCACCACCACAGAUAAACAUUGCUCCUCCACCAGUACCUACGCCUGCUGGACCCAAACCACGAUUAACGAUUCAUAAAUUGGUAUUGGUCAAUUUCAAAUCUUACGCGGGCAGACAAGAAAUCGGUCCAUUCCAUAAAUCCUUCUCAGCUAUCGUUGGUCCCAAUGGUUCAGGAAAGAGUAAUACCAUCGAUGCGUUGCUGUUUGUCUUUGGAUAUAGAGCAAGUAAGAUGCGUCAAGGUAAAUUGAGUGAAUUGAUACAUAAUUCAGCCGGGAAAGAAGGUUUGGAAACUUGUUCAGUCGAAGUAUGGUUCAGAGAGAUUGUAGAUUUGCCCGGUGUGGACAAUUUCCUCCUCGUACCUAAUUCCCAGAUUGUCGUUUCUCGUACUGCUUACAGGAACAAUUCUUCGAAAUAUACUAUCAACGAUAAGACCUCUUCUUUUACUGAAGUCACUACCUUACUGAAAGGUAAAGGUAUCGAUUUAGACCAUAAUCGAUUCUUAAUUUUACAAGGUGAAGUAGAAUCGAUCGCUCAAAUGAAAGCUAAAGCUCAGAAUGAGCAUGAAGAUGGGUUGUUGGAGUAUCUAGAAGAUAUCAUCGGUACUACCAAAUACAAAGAACCUAUCGAACAAGCCAACUCUGAAGUGGAAGCCUUGAACGAUGAGCGUGGCGAAAAAAUGAACAGACUGAGAGUGGUAGAAAGGGAGAAAGCUUCGUUGGAGGACAAGAAACGUGAAGCUGAAGAUUAUCUACGAGAUGCCAAUGAAUUGACCAGGAAGAAAUCUCUCCUAUGGCAGCAUCACAUGCACACUCUUCAGAACAACAUCGAAAUCACCACUAAAGCUAUUGAAAAGCUCAAUUCAGACUUGACCAGUGAACAAGAAAGAAAUGCCGACCAUCUUUCUCGAAUUGGCGAUCUACAGAAAGAAUAUGAUGAAAGGCUUGCUGCGUACGAAGAGGUCAAACGAUUGACAGAUGCUUUGCUCAAAGAUGCAAAGAAGUUUGAGAAAGAGGAAGUCGGUCUAGCUGAGAAGAAGAAACAUCUCGUAACAAAACAGAAGAAAUUCAAGAAAUCAAUCCAAGAUGAUGGUCAUGCUAGAUCAGAAGCUCUUUCUGCUAUUGAGAACCAUAAUGCCGAUCUAGAGAAAAAUAGAACCAAAGUAACUGACCUUGAAGGGAAACUCGAGACUGAACAAGCGGAACUCGAGGAAGUGGUCGAUGACUUGAAAGACAAAACUGCUGAAUUCACUACACAGAUCGAGGUGAAACAACGGGAACUCGAACCUUGGACAGCGAAGAUCAGUGAAAAACAAUCGUUGAUCGAUGUCGCCACUUCGGAACGGGACUUAUUAGCUGAAAAGGCCACUUCGAUGCAGACUGCUUUGGAUGAAGCGAAAGCGAAUCUUCAAGCUCUGAAAGAUGGUGAUGAAGGCAAACACGAAGAAUAUAAUGCGUUGAAGCAAGAGCACGUCAAGGCGAAGAAACAACUUUCUGAAGCUGAAUCGAGACUCGAGGACAUGACCGCUCGAUCGGAACAACUACGAGCAGAUGUGUCGGCCUCUCGGUCAAAAGCUGAUGAAGCGAAAGCCUCUCUUGCGGCGGAUAAGAGUGAGAAUGCCGUUCUGAGCAGUCUGAAUAAACUUCGAGACCAAGGUCGAAUUAAGGGUUUCCAUGGCCGACUGGGUGAUCUCGGUGUUAUCGAUGAGAAAUAUGAUGUCGCCGUCACCACCGCUUGUGGAGCUCUGAACAACUUAGUAGUGGAUACCGUUGAACAAGGUCAAGCUUGUAUCGAACAUCUACGAAAAGGCAAUGUCGGUCGAGCAUCAUUCAUGGUACUUGAGAAGCUUCCUCCAAGGGAUUUAGGACGAAUCGAAACGCCUGAGAAUGUACCGAGGUUAUUCGACUUGAUCAGACCUAAAGAUCCCAAAUUCGCCCCUGCUUUCUACAAAGGUUUGAGAGAUACCUUAGUAGCUACAGAUCUCGUCCAAGCUCAACGUAUAGGGUACGGCAAGAAACGAUGGAGGGUUGUGACUUUAGCUGGACAACUGAUCGACCCAUCUGGUACGAUGUCAGGAGGAGGAGCGAAAGUAUCCCGAGGUGGAAUGUCAUCUAAAUUUGCAGCUGAUAAGGUCGCACCUGAAGUUGUGGCGAGAUACGAGAAAGAAGCUUCUAUCGCUCAAGAUGAAUUGGUGAAAUUUCAAGAACAGAAGAAACAGGUAGAAGGAGAAGUAAGACAGUUGAAAAAGCGUAUACCGGAAAUUGAAAUUCAGCUGGAGAAAGUUGAAUUGGAUGUGCAAACGCAGAGAAAGAGGAUUGAGGAAGGUGAAAAGAGGUUGAAGGAGUUGAUAUCACAAGCUAAACCUGAUGCGGACGAUGAACAAAGGAUCAAACAGCUUGAUUCUGAGAUCUCGAGUUUGAGUAAAGAAACAGACAAAUUACGCGAGAAAUCAUCAGGUAUAAAUGAACAGAUCAAAUCGCUACAGAACAAGAUCCUCGAUGUGGGUGGAGUAAGACUCAGAGCUAUUCAAUCUAAAGUAUCGACCACCAAGGGACUAUUGGAUCUGGCCAACGAAGCUAUCACUAAGGCUGAAGUUGGACAGUCUAAAUCGCAAAGGGAUUCAACGAAAUUGACCAAAUCAAUUGACAAAAACCAACUUGCCUUGGAAGAGGUUGAAAGUGAAUUGGAAGUGGUCGAAAAUGAUUUGAAGGAAUGUUCGAACGAUUUGAACGUGAUUAAGAGUAAAGUGCAGGAAGCUCAGGAUGCGAGUGAAGAUGGGAAAGAAGCUUUGGGGGAGAGUAAGAAAGAAUUGGAUGAGAAGAUGCAAGGGAUCAAUGCGUUUAGAGCACUAGAGAUGGAUAUCAAGCAGAAGAUCGAAGAUAAUGCCAGAAUACAAAAAGAUAGUAAAGAUAAGUAUAAACAUUGGAGAAAGAGACAUGAGGAAUUGGAAUUGGUUUAUAUCGAUGAGGAUGAUGAGGAAGAAGAGGAAGAGGAGCUGGUGGAAAGUAAAGAUGCUGCCGAACCUAAACCUCAGGAAGGUGAGACUCCUGCUGAAGGUACUGAAGUGGAUGGGGAAGCCGAAGCUAUUGAGAAGAAAGCACCUAAGAAGAAGAAGGAUAACUCGACUGAGUUGGUGGAAUACUCACCUGAUGAAUUGAGGGAAGUGGAUAAGGAGUUGUUGAAUGCUGAAAUUACCGAACUCGAGGAGGAAAUAGGUAAAGCCCGACCCAACCUGAACAUCCUAGCAGAAUAUCGAAAGCGAGAAGCCGAGUUCCUCGACCGAGCGAGAGAUAUGGAAGCUGUUACCAAUGCGAGGGAUUCAGCCAAGCAGCGAUAUGACGAUUUGAGGAAAAUGAGACUGGAUGAAUUCAUGAGUGGUUUCACAGCGAUCAGUUCGAAAUUGAAGGAAAUGUAUCAGAUGAUCACGAUGGGUGGUAAUGCCGAGAUUGAAUUGAUAGAUAGUAUGGAUCCGUUCUCUGAAGGUGUGGUCCUGUCUAUCAUGCCACCUAAAAAAUCAUGGAGAGCUAUUGCAAAUUUAUCGGGAGGAGAGAAGACCCUCGCCUCGUUGGCUCUGGUUUUCGCAUUACACGUCUUCAAGCCUACUCCACUAUAUUUCAUGGACGAAAUUGACGCUGCGUUAGAUUUCAAGAAUGUCUCGAUUGUGGCUAAUUACAUUCAAUCCAAAACUCAAGCUGCUCAGUUUAUUGUCAUUUCGCUGAGGAAUGAUAUGUUCGAAUUGGCUCAUCGAUUAGUAGGAAUCUACAAGACAUCUAAUUGCACUAAAUCAGUAGCUAUCGAUAACAAAGAUCUCCGACUCCAAGCUCGACCCAAACGUCCACCCGGUGUACCACCUACACCUAUGGGUGCUGGGAGAAUACCUUCUACGCCAGGUACGGUAUAUCGUAGGAUUCCUUCUACACCCGGUACGGUGAAUAGGAUGAGGGUCAUGUCUACUCCGUCCUUCAAUAGGAUGCCUGUUAUACCCCAAACACCUAGUGUGGUAAGAAGGGAUCAUCAUAAGAUCAUUGAGGAGGAGGAAGAAAGUAUACCUUCCAACCCCGAGACGGUCGUCGCAUGA